GAACGUUUCGCAGCUGCUCGCCUCUCCCGGUGCCCGGCUCUUUUUCCAUUUUCCGGGCUCCUCUUCUUGAGUACUUUGACUUCAUCUGGGGCGAGGGUCUGGAAAGGGGUCUGGUGGACCUUAGAGAGAAGAAGGAAGUGAAGCACCGAGGGGGAUAGGAUCAACUGACUGCGGGGAGGAGACCCCCACGCCACCGUUUCUGGGCAUCUCCGCUCCCGCCCCGCCCCUGCGCACACUCCUUGCCGGGCGAGCUACUUUCCGACGAGAAAAGUGAGGGCGGCCCUAGGUGACAGCUCGGCGGCGGGGCCAGUCCCGGGAAAGCAGCACAUCUGCUCGAGUCUCCUCCACCACCUUCCAGCCAGAGGCACUGCCUGGACCGAGAUGGCUUCGACCACAACCUGCACCAGGUUCACGGACGAGUAUCAGCUUUUCGAGGAGCUCGGAAAAGGGGCGUUCUCAGUGGUGAGAAGAUGUAUGAAAAUCCCUUCUGGACAAGAAUAUGCUGCCAAAAUUAUCAACACCAAAAAGCUCUCUGCGAGGGAUCACCAGAAAUUGGAAAGAGAAGCUAGAAUCUGCCGUCUUUUGAAGCACCCAAAUAUUGUGCGGCUUCAUGACAGUAUAUCAGAAGAGGGCUUCCAUUACUUGGUGUUUGAUUUAGUCACUGGAGGUGAACUGUUUGAAGAUAUAGUGGCAAGGGAGUAUUACAGUGAAGCUGAUGCCAGUCAUUGUAUACAGCAGAUUCUAGAAAGUGUAAAUCAUUGUCACCUAAAUGGCAUAGUUCACAGGGACCUGAAGCCUGAGAAUUUGCUUUUAGCUAGCAAAUCCAAAGGAGCAGCUGUGAAGUUGGCAGACUUUGGCUUAGCCAUAGAAGUUCAAGGAGACCAGCAGGCAUGGUUUGGUUUUGCUGGCACGCCUGGCUACCUUUCUCCAGAAGUUUUACGUAAAGAUCCGUAUGGAAAGCCAGUGGAUAUGUGGGCAUGUGGUGUCAUUCUCUAUAUUCUUCUGGUGGGAUAUCCACCCUUUUGGGAUGAAGACCAACACAGACUCUAUCAGCAGAUCAAGGCCGGAGCUUAUGAUUUUCCGUCACCAGAGUGGGACACAGUAACUCCCGAAGCCAAAGACCUCAUCAAUAAAAUGCUUACUAUCAACCCUGCCAAACGUAUCACCGCCUCAGAGGCCCUGAAGCACCCAUGGAUCUGUCAACGUUCUACUGUUGCUUCCAUGAUGCACAGACAGGAGACUGUAGACUGCUUGAAGAAAUUUAAUGCUAGAAGAAAACUAAAGGGUGCCAUCUUGACCACUAUGCUGGCUACGAGGAAUUUUUCAGCAGCCAAGAGUUUGUUGAAGAAACCAGAUGGAGUAAAGGAGUCAACUGAGAGUUCAAAUACAACAAUCGAAGAUGAAGAUGUGAAAGCACGAAAGCAAGAAAUUAUCAAAGUCACUGAGCAACUGAUUGAAGCAAUCAACAAUGGAGACUUUGAAGCUUACACAAAAAUUUGUGAUCCAGGCCUUACUGCCUUUGAACCCGAAGCACUGGGUAAUUUAGUGGAAGGGAUGGACUUUCAUCGAUUCUACUUUGAAAAUGCUUUAUCUAAAAGCAAUAAACCAAUCCACACUAUUAUCCUGAACCCUCAUGUCCACCUGGUAGGCGAUGAUGCUGCCUGCAUAGCUUAUAUUAGGCUCACACAGUACAUGGAUGGCAGUGGAAUGCCAAAGACGAUGCAGUCAGAAGAGACCCGAGUCUGGCACCGCCGGGAUGGGAAGUGGCAAAAUGUUCAUUUCCAUCGCUCGGGCUCACCAACAGUACCCAUCAACUAACUAUCAACCGUGCCACUUCUGCAUUCUCUCUUUUCAAGGCACCUGGAUGGUAACCUGGACCGUCCUCUCCUCCUCUUCAUGCAUGUUUCUGAGUGCAUGAAGUAGUGAAGGCCCUCCAUGUAAUGCAUAUGUGAUGCAUCAUCCUGUCAUAUAUUCCUUCCUAUUCAUUGUUUACACUUCAACUAUGGAGAUGUUCCAUGUAAACUUAAAUCACUGUUGGCAAACAAUAGGGGG